CUGUGCGAUAAUCGAUUUCUGGAAUCUGGAUAUCCCCCAAAAUUUUUUCUCCAUUCCUGUUACACUUUUCAUACUUUCAUGUCGUCUAACGUUGCAGCUGGCUUAAUUACGGUUGACGAAUUAAAGAAAUUUAAUAGUGAACAACUUAACGAAUAUUUGAAUAGGAGACUGAAGGAUACUAAUAAUAUUAAUAAACACGCAAAUACUAUCACAGUAAAACAUGAAGUUAAGGGUUCAAAUUUUCUUGAUCUGACGCGAGAUGAUCUUUUGAGUAUUAAAAUACCUCCUGGAACAGUUAAAGAUAUUGAAAAGGUGAUUAAUGAAAUUAAAGGAGUGCAACUUGUUGCUGAGCCUCCUCAAAACGCGUAAAAACAGAUCAGGAUGAAAUAGAUUAUGAAUCUCUAAAUAAAUUUUGGCAAGCUAUAAAGAAGGCAUCUUGUGAUAAAUUUCUUAAACUAUCUAAAGAUACUCGAUUUUUGGGAAAAAGAAAUGGAUCUUCCACUCUAUUGAUUCGUAAAUGUUAUCGCGAUCUGACGCCUGUUGUCUUUGACACUAAAAUAGACAAACUGCGCAUAACCGGAAAUCCGGGUAUUGGAAAAACCUACUUCGGAUAUUAUUUACUUUAUUUACUUGCACUACAAGAUGCAACUAUUGUAUAUGAUAACUUUAAUGAAACUAGACCGAUUAUCUUUGAAGGAGGAAAAGCCCUUGUUAGUGACAUAAAUGGUAUAUAGAGAUACCUGAGAAGAUUGGAUGUCUGGUAUAUUGUAGAUGGCAAGGAA